UCUUACGGAGGGGGUGUGGCUAGGGGUGCUUGGAGGCGACGGCGUUGCGCGCGGGUCGGUUAAACCGAGGCGGCUGUGGAGGGAGCAGCUUGCUGUUCUUCUGCGCCUUGCUUGCUCCCAUCAACUAGGGCUGGUCCCGCGGCAGCGGCCGAGCGUGUAGGCAAUCAUGAGUGAUCGAAAGGCUGUGAUCAAGAAUGCAGACAUGUCAGAAGAGAUGCAGCAAGACGCUGUGGAGUGUGCUACACAGGCACUGGAGAAAUACAACAUCGAGAAGGACAUUGCUGCUCACAUAAAGAAGGAGUUUGACAAGAAAUACAAUCCCACCUGGCACUGCAUCGUGGGGAGGAACUUCGGCAGCUACGUGACUCAUGAGACCAAGCACUUCAUCUACUUCUACCUCGGCCAAGUGGCUAUUCUUCUGUUCAAGUCUGGUUAGACCCACGGACUGUUACUGAACCUCGCAUCUGGUUACAGGACUGUGCAGAUUCCUCUGACUAGUUACUGCAGCCUUCCUGAGGACGCAGACCUUGAUCUUCAAGGGCAAAGGCAGGGAUUAUGCUAUAGCAGAUGAUAUUACAUUGUGGAUAUAAAAAAGGAAAAAAUACCAAAAAAAGUCUUCCAUGAUUUUUUUUUUUUAUAUUUUUUUUUCCCCAAAGGCUGCUUCUUUGCUAGUAGAGCUGUUGGAGCAGUUUUGCCUUGGAGAGUUUUCUAGCAGUCUACAGUAUUGCCCAGUUACCACUUGUGCUAUGUAAGUACAGAGAGCGUUUAGUUCUUCCUGUCACAAUCCUCUUCUUCCGAGGUGGUUUUUGGUGGUUUCCCCUCCUGUGUGGCUGGAUGUGCUGCCCCAGGGCCUGGGCUGUUUCUGCUGGUGCCUCAGAGAAGUGCUUUGGAAAAUAAAAGACUAGAUCCGCCUGGCCCCCA